UGGCGAUGUGACGUCACACGGCGGCGCCACGCUCCUGCCUAUUUGAUGCGGCUGAAGUAAGAAAAACUCCUGGUGGAAGCAAAGAGCCACGUGACACAUUAUUAUAAAGAUGGUGUUUAUUAAAGAGGAGAGUGAAGACAUGAAGAUUGAAGAAACGUUCAGAGUCAAACAAGAAGAUACUGAGGAACAAACAGACAUGAUUGCACAGAAAGAAGAGAGUCAAGGACUGAAUAAAUCAGAAGAGCAAGAUCAGCAUGAGGAACAUCAUGAUUUCAUAACUGGAGAAAAAUUUAGUUGCUCACAGACUGAAAAGUCUUCCUCUCGAACAAGAGCUCAAAAGACAGGAAGUGGAAAUUAUUUCACUUGCCAACAGUGUGGACAGAGUUUCGGUCAAAAUGGAAACCUUAAAGUCCACAUGAGAAUUCACACUGGAGAGAACCCUUUCACCUGCCAACAGUGCAAUAAAAGUUUCAACAGAAAAGGAAACCUUAAUGUCCACAUGAGAAUUCACACUGGAGAGAAGCCAUUCACAUGCCCUCAAUGUGGAAAGAAAUUUGAUCAACAUGGAAACCUCAAAGUCCACAUGAGAAUUCACACUGGAGAGAUCCCUUUUACCUGCCAACAGUGUGGAAAAAGCUUCAACAGAAAAGGAAACCUUAAAGUCCACAUGAGAAUUCACACCGGAGAGAUCCCCUUCACCUGCCAAAAGUGUGGAAUAAGUUUCACUCAAAAAGGAAGCCUUAAAGUCCAUAUGAGAAUUCACACUGGAGAGAUCCCUUUUACCUGCCAACACUGUGGAAAACAUUUCAUUAGAAAAGGAAGCCUUAAACGCCACAUGAGAAUGCAUACUGGAGAGAAGCCUUACACAUGCCCUCAUUGUGGAAGGAGUUUUACACUUAAAUCAACCCUUACUUCCCAUGUGAGAAUUCACACUGGAGAGAAGCCAUUUGUAUGUGGUCAGUGUGGAAAGAGUUUCAGAUUCAACGUAUCCCUUAAUCACCACAUGAGGAUUCACUCAAGAGAGAACUGGGCCCGUCAUCCCAAUGUGGAUCCAUUCACCAGUGAAGAGGCUUUAGUGUGGUGGCUGUGGCAUGAGGAGGCUCUGGCAUAG